CCAUUGGUCUGGGUAGCAGUCAGUCACACACUGCACGGGGCUGACACAGAGGGCAAUGAAUUACAGCAUGGCAGUUGCCCAAUAUAGAGCCCUUGCUGUGCCCGAUGUGUGAUGUCAUUUCCUGAGCUUUAACUUGCAGGAAUCAUGCUCUAUUGAUCAAGAUGACUUCCGAAGCAGCUAUUACUCCUUCUAAAGGCAGACUUCAGAACCCAGGAUACAAAGAGUUCUAUUUCCUUAGGUCUUUUGUGGCAGGAGGUGUAGCAAGUUGCUGUGCGAAAACAACUAUUGCACCUCUGGACAGGAUUAAGAUUUUAUUGCAAGCACAAAAUGUCCACUACAGACACUUGGGAGUUGUGUCCACCAUAUUUGCUGUCAAAAAUAAUGAAGGCUUCCUGGGUUUGUACAAAGGAAAUGGAGCCAUGAUGAUCAGGAUCUUUCCUUAUGGCGCUAUUCAGUUUAUGGCUUUUGACAAGUAUAAAAAGUUCUUGCGUGUAAAAAUUGGAAAAUCAGAACAUGUGCACAGAUUAUUGGCUGGAUCUAUGGCAGGUAUCACUGCUGUCAUUUGUACCUAUCCGCUUGAUAUGGUCAGAGCACGUCUAGCAUUUCAAGUGAAAGGAGAACUUGGAUACACUGGCAUUAUACAAACAUUUAAAACUAUUUACACAAAGGAAGGAGGAUUUCGUGGGUACUACAGAGGGCUUCUACCUACUGUUGUGGGAAUGGCUCCUUAUGCAGGAUUUUCAUUUUUUACCUUUGAAACGUUGAAGACCACUGGACUAAGACACUUCCCAGAACUCUUGGGAAAACCUUCUUCAGACAACCCAGAAGUUAUGGUUUUGAAAACUCCUUCUAGCUUGUUAUGUGGUGGAAUGGCUGGAGCAAUUGCGCAGACUAUUUCAUAUCCAUUGGACGUUACACGGCGUAGAAUGCAGUUGGCAGCUAUUCUACCAGACUCUGACAAGUGUCGGACCAUGCUUCAGACCCUUAAAUACAUCUUCAAAGAGCAUGGGAUAAGGAGAGGAGUAUACAGAGGCUUAUCUCUCAACUACAUCCGCUGUAUCCCAUCUCAGGCAGUAGCCUUCACCACCUAUGAAUUCAUGCGACAGGUCCUGCAUUUAAACAAGACUGCUUGAUCCUGCACUACAGAAUGGCGGCUUGUACUGUGUAAAUAGCUCAAUGUAUAAAAUUGAGCACAUAUCCCAAGCUGCUGCUUCGUUUUGGCAAUUUUGUAGAAUACUGCAGAUUUUACAUGUAACUACAAUUGUAAAUAAGAUGACCUUUUGUUUUGUAAGAUACAACCUUUUUAGAGAGAUUUUUAUAAAGAUGUCUAAUUAUAUUUAUGGCACAUCUUAAACUAAUACAAAUAAUGCAGGGAAUAUAAGAACCGAAAACCCAGCUGGCUGAUCAGUUUUACAGAAUUUAUGUAUAUGCUGUAUGUAUAACCUGUAGUUUGCAUUCAGUUUUAGAUUCAAUCUUUGAAUUGUCUAACAAAUCAGGAAUAGAUUUUUAUUUUUUAUAAACAAGAUUGUCAUCAUGUAACGUGAUUUGACAGUUGCAAUACAGGUGUACUCACAUUUCCAUCAAGCAUUUAAUUUUUUUGUGUUCUGUAGCUAUACAUCUAUUAGUUUAUACAUCUCUACCUUUCUGGCUGCUUCUUCCCCACCAUUUUUGUUGUAAAUGCAAGAUUAUCACUUUAAGCAGAAGCCUCUUUACCCUUGCAUUUUUACCCUCUAAAGUCUACCCUUAAUGUCCAUGUAAUAUCAUUUUUGCACAUUUCUGUUCAUGUUUGUUAAGAAAAUCGUCCGUGACCGUUUUACCUGGCAUUUAGCGUUAAAAAGGGCACUCCACCGCUAGGCAUCUUAUCCCCUAUCUAAAGGAUAGAAGAUAAGAUGUCUGAUCGCAGGGGUUCCCGCCGCUGGGACCCCCGCAAUCUCUGUACAGCACCCAGCAUUCUCCCAUAGACAUGAAUGGUGGGGGUGUGGUGUGACAUCACAACCACUGAUGCUGGAACCUGGCAUUCAUUCAGAACGCUGGGUGCUGCGUGCAGAUAGCUGGUCAGGACCCCAGCGAUCAUACAUCUUAUCCCCUAACGGCAGAGUACCCCUUUAAGGGACAUUUGGGAAGAGUAUGUGAGCUGCUGUUUGUCAGUUGGCAUCUCUGAGAACAGUGCUAGCUAUACUGAUGCGCAGAACUCUCUAUACUUCUUUCAAGUAUCUAAUUUUAGGGUACGUCCACAUGGCCGGAUCUUCUGGGAGUUUCCCGCCACCGCUUAACCUGCAGAGGCAAACUCUCAGAAGAUUCGGCCUUGUGGAAGUACCCUUAGGGUCUAUUCACACAUUCAGUAUCCUGCACGUAUUUGAUGUGUUUAGUCAUUUAGUUUACAUUGAACUCUGAAGCUUUGAAUCCUGCGCAUCAGAUAUGUGCAAGAUACUGUGUACAUGUGAAUACACCCUUAAGGGGUUUAUUACAGUGCAUCUUAUCUUAUGCUGCUAAUGUGUGUUUAUGUUUUAAUUUUAGUGGCCGUACAUAGAAAACCUUGCAUUUAUUGAGGUUUGUUUGUUAGGCCUGGAAUCCUGUGCAGAGAAACAGGGUGACAUUUAUCAUUGUUUUUAGACAUUUUUUUGUGUCUACAAAAGGCGCAAGCAGGGUUUAUUUGCGCCUUUUGGUUUACACAUUUCUGCUGGUUUUGAGUUGCAAUCCACUGAUUUUUGCAAUACACAUGAUAUGGAAGGGUUUUAUGAACUGCGCCUUUUUGUGAAAAGGCGCAAAAAAGGCACAAAGCCACUGAAAAGUCUCUAGAAGUACACCAGCCCAGACUUAGCUUAGCUUUUUGGUGUAUGUGAAGAGAGAAAUUUCAGAAAAUGUGACCUGCACAAAAUGUAUCAAAUGCUCUGUAACCAUUUAAUAAAUCUGGUUCUCCUACACAUUACCAGCACACAAAAAACUGUGUAGAAAAAUGCUUCACUUACACCUACAAUGAUAAAUGCUUCACUUACACCUACAAUGAUAAACGCCGGCCACAGUCUUUAUUCCCUUUUCUGACUUUGCAUCCCUUGCUUUAUAUCUUUACUGAGUAGUAUUGUGUAACAGAGCACAGUUGUUUUCAGCAGUAUUUUAAGAGAACAAAUAACCAGCUGGACAGAGCUGUAAGGCUGGGUUCACACCACGUUUUAUUUUAUUUUUUGCAAUACAGUUCCCGUAUCAGGUUUUUGAUGAAAAACGGACUCCUCAAAACCGGACUAAACUGUAUCAAAACAUGGGAACAAAUUUUUACUCGUACACAGUUGAAAAAAAAUGUCCGGUUGCAUCCGUUUUUAAGAAGAAAAAAAAAACUUUUAAGUUUUUAACAUUAUGAAUUUCUCCAUUAUGAAUAACGUUUCACUUGUUUGAUUGAAAGAAGAAAACUUUUGGUGUCAAACCAGACCAGUGUCAAGGCAGACUGGAUGGAACUGUACGCACAAACUGUUCUGUACGGUUCCCAUUGACUCCCAUGUUAAAAAAAAAAAAAAAAAAAAAAAAAAAAAAAAACAUACGGUUCUUCACCCAGACCAAAACCGUGAUAGGCUACAGUUUUGGGUACGGGAAAAAAACGGACAAAACUGUACAAGAUGCAUCGUUUUGCAUAUGGUUUUCACAUUGAAAACGUAUACGGGAACUGUGUUGCAAAAACGUGGUGUGAACCCAGCCUCAGAUUUUCAGGGGAAAGGGUAAGAGACUUAUUUAAAAGCAGCAUUUCAUUUAAAUUCCACUAUUCUGUUGGGGUAUAAUUACAUGCUGUAUCUUUGUUGUUGUUUUUUUUUUUUCUCUUGAUUUCUUAUAAAGACUGAGGUAAGAAUCACAAGCUUCUCUGUGAAGACUUAAAGGGGUACUCUGCUGGAAUUUUUUUUUUUUUAUCAACUGGCUUCAGAAAGUUUAACAGAUUUGUAAAUUACUUCUAUAAAAAAUCUUAAUCUUUCCAGUACUUAUCAGCUGUUGUAUGCUCCACAGGAAGUUUUUCUUUUUGAAUUUCCUUUCUGUCUGACCACAAGUGCUCUCUGCUGACACCUCUGUCCAUGGAACUGUCCAGAGCAGGAUUGGGGAUUUGUUACUACUCUGGACAGUUCCUGACACGGACAGAGGUGUCAGCAGAGAGCACUGUGGUCAGACAGAAAAUAAGUACUCAUAAGUACUGGAAGGAUUAAGAUUUUUUAAUAGAAGUAAUUUAAUAAUCUGUUUCACCAGUUGAUUAAUUCCCCCCCCCCCCCCCCCAGUGGAGUACCCCUUUGAAGGGGUUAUCUAGGAAUUGAAAAACAGAGCCAGUUUCUUUGAAACAAAAAGCUCCCCAUCUGUCUCCAUGUUGGGUAUGGUUCUGCAGUUCCAUUGAAUUGAAUAGAGCCAAGUUAUAAUACCGGGAGCAUUUUUUUUAAAGAAAUUAUAUGUUUAGAAACCUCAUCCCUUGGCUAGAGUGGAGAGUGGCUACAGAGAGCAUCCCUCUGGAGGACCUCUCCUGUACUACACAGGCAGUUCGUCGAUUGGAAUUGGUAAUAUAUAAUGCUAUUUCUGUUUACGGUGGUGUUGCAGAGAUAUUAUACAUUUACUGUCAGCUUUUUCUCACACACACCAGCCGAUUCCUGGUGGUCCCAGGAGGCCUUUUUUGUAAACAGUUGAAAAAAUGUACAUGUCCUUAAAAAGAACUUUUGUUUUGUCACAGAAACAAGUCAAAAGUUUUGGUCAAUCAAGCUCCACACCAAUCAUUAGAAAGAGCAGGGAGAAGCAUGCAGCUGUGAGCUUCACUCCCCUGCUCUCUGCAUUUUCCAUCCACUUGCACUAGAUAGGCUCCGUGGACUUUAAGUAGAGCUGUCUAGUGCAACUGGACAGACCUCCUAGUAAGCGGGAGUGAAACUAAUAGCCACUUGAUUCUCGCUGCUCAUUUUAGUGACUAGUGAGACCCUGACCGAUUAACAUGUAGAGAUUGUCGAAUGCGGAGAACCCAUUUAAGUUGUUCUAUCUUUGUCAUAUAUAAUCACAUUUUAGCAUACAUAAUUAGAUUUCAAAGCUGACGGGCUUAUGUAACGUCAACGUGUUAUGGUGUUGCAAUAACAACAUGUUAGAAAUUGUAAUUUAUGCCACCACAUUCGGGGGCAAGGAACAUUUCAGCUUGCUGUGCUAGAAAAAAUUGUAUCUGAUUGGUGUUGCUGUGGUAACCACUUUUUUUAUCUGCACAAUUUUUAAUAGAAGAGUUUCAGUAUAUUUUCUGAACAUUCCUUUUUACUAAGUGUUAUUACUGUUACACUAACACUGGCAUUUUUAUAUACAGACAGUGUACCACACCUAUCAUCCUUUCAGAGUUGUUAAAUUUCAAAGUUUUUUAACAUUAUUGGGUAGAUUUAGAAAAAAAAAGUGCAAAUAAAAGCAGCCAUGUUGUCCAGAUUUUUUUCUUUUCUUAUUGUACCCAGUUCGGCAAAUUUACUGUUGCAAACAAGCUAGAAUUCUGGGGCAAGUUGGUCAAAAAACUGGCACACUAUAGGGCAAAUUUAUGAAGCUGAAAGUGUACAAUAGUGUACUAAGUAAAAGUUGUGCUGUGAUUUUCUCUGUUGCCGAUAGCAGCCAGUGUUUUUAUUUUAAACAGCUUCAUAAAUGUCCCCUAUAUAUAGCCUAAUCUGACUAGGGGUGUGAUUUCUCUGGAAAGAGUAUGGCUUAACACCAUACUCCAAAAUGUUAACACACAACUGUUGCCCAAAUUAAGCUGUCUAAGUAGUGUAGGUUUAUACAUUUAGUGCAGCUUUAGACACUUUUGUCUAACAGCAUAAACCAGAUAAGGGUAGGGUCACACGGAACGGAUCGCUACAAAUCCGCAAAUGAUAGACCCUAGAGUGUGCCUCCAGCUGUGCCUGCUUGUAGCAGAAAUCCGCCGCUAUGAGCAGACACAUUGUACUCGCACACAUCACGGCUGCUUCUCCUGCUCCCUGAGCUAGGCAGAGAGCAUUCGUGAUGUGAGAAUACACUGCGAAUGCGUGCGAUAACUCGAAGAAUACUUUGUCUGCUUGUAGUGGCAGAUUGCGGCUAUGGGCAGACGCACUGUAGAGUUCAUCAUCGGCGUAUCCGCAGUGUACAAUACGCUGCAAAUCUGUUCUGUGUUACCCUACCCUAAAUCUGGUGCAUUCUAGUCUAAGUUUACACUGGCUAUGUGACCGUUUUACAGUGUUUCUAAGUUUAAAGUUAGUACAAAAUAAAGUUUCCUAUAGCGUAUAAUAUGCCCUGGGCAAAUGACCUCUGUCCUGGUUGCCCUGUUUUAUAUUUGGAGUGCAGUAAUCUUCAUGGUUGCAGUGAGGUUUUUCAGGUUUUUUUAUGUGUUUCUCUCUCUUUUUAUUUAAUUUUGUCCUGGAGUCUGAGCACAUGCUGGUAAUCAUCCUUUGCAGGUUGGAGGCAGUACAGACUUUGGAGUUAACAGGGAGUUUCUCCUCUUUACUUGCUAGAUAAAUAUUUUCUUCCAAAAUAAAAAUCACAGUAUUACUUUGGACAGCCUUUGCAAGUUCACCUUAGUCUUGAGCUACAUUUCACAAACUGAUCUGUAGCUAUUUGUAGAAUUGAUCAAAUGUCUUUUAAAGCGUACCUGAACUUCUAGGAAACUUUUCAAGAUAAGCUAUUGUGUGUAUGUAUAUAGGUUUCAGUAUUUCUGGCCAUUAUAUAACCUAUACUUGCUGUUUUAAUCUAGUUUUUCCUUCUGCAGAAAUCCUUUCUAGUUUUUAGUUGUCCUUGAGCAAGUAGGAGGAGACUAGUUGGUAUGAUGACUCUCGUACACUGCACACAACUUUAUAGCACACCCUUAAGCAGCAGCAUGGCAGACAUUAUAAAGCAGUACUGAGCAGUGUAAUUGUACCCUUAUAAUAAAACAUUUUGGUGAUAUACAAUGUUUUACAAGCUGCUUCUACCUCUGCCUCACUUUGAAGCCAACUUCCCCUUUCCUAUCCAAAUAUUUCAGGGGAAGCAUGUAUCCAAAUUGCAUAGAGAUUAUUGUCUCUAUUAAAAUGGACCUUUAGCAGUUUUUCAGAGUGAAUAAUGAAUUUAGGAGGGAACGGGUAGAAAGAAGUCUGAUAAGUAGAAAAUUAGACAUUUUUCUCUAAUAAAAUAUACUACAAAGCUACUUCUCUUUGCUUGCAAUGUGGAUUUGUGCAAAGUCUAUGAAAAACUUGAUCUUAUAAUAUUUAAUGUCAAAUCAAUUUACUCCCGUCUAUUAGCAAGUAUACUAAUUGAGUAAAAUGAAGGCCUAAUCUACAUUUCAUUGAUCUGUUUUAUUGCAGGGCCACUUUUUGAACAUAGUUAUAACAGAUUAUGCAGCCAUACUGAUUAUCACUUAUGAAUUCUUUUUUCAGCAAUAAACAUUGGUUGCUUCUUUAAUGUUUGAUUUCCGAAUGGACCGUUUCAAGUAUUGGUUCGAAAUCUUCAUUAAAGUAUUUUUCAGGGAUUUUAAUACUAACAAGUAGUAGUGGAACAACUACUGACCAAAGUAGUACAUGUGAAAUCCUGUAAGUCGCCAUGUAGCUUAAAGACAAUGGUGACUUAAAUAUUGACCUGGUCUUUAUUGUGAGGAAAGCUGUUAUUAAGCAAUAAUUACUAUGAUGACUUGGUGCUUAUGCUUUAAUAGUAAUAAUCACAUGACCAUAAGGUUCUAUAGUAAUCCAGGUACUGCUGCACUAAUACAGUCACCUGUACGUGGCCACAGUUGGACCGCCUAAAGAAAAGGCUUUAGCCUAAUCCUUCAAUGAAAAUAGUCUAGGACUUAUGUUGUAAACUACUUGCGGUAUACUACAGUAAGUGAUCAUCAAAUCCUCUGUUACAAAUAAGUUUGAACAAUGUUUUGUAAUUAAAUUUGUAUCUAAUGUUGAGUUUAAAGAUGGAUCUUGUCUGUUAUGUUGACUGAUUUUUAAUGUGAUAUUGUUCUGUCCCUUCCUAUAAUAAAUUUUUGU